AUGGACAAACCUUCAGCCAUUGGAACAGGCACUUGGCAUUUCAAGCAGAUCUCUGGAGUUGCCUUCACAUGGUAUUUUGGGGCUUUGGAUCUCUGGGUAUUGAAAGGUGUGGAGCUGGCAGAGAGUGAGGAAGAGGAUAACAAUGAAAUGGAGGUUGAAGAUCAAGACAGUAAAGAAGCUGAAAAGCCAAAUGUCAUCAACUUUGAUACCAGUUUGCCAACGUCACAUGUGUAUUUAGGUUCUGAUAUGGAAGAGUUUCAUGGGAGAACAGUGCACGAUGAUGACAGCUGCCAGGUGAUUCCUGUGCUGCCCCAUGUGAUGGUGAUGUUGAUCCCUGGACAGACGCUGCCCCUGCAGCUGUUCAGCCCUCAAGAGGUUAGCAUGGUGCGGAAUUUAAUUCAGAAAGACAGAACCUUUGCUGUUCUUGCAUACAGCAAUGUACGUGAGAGGGAAGCACAUUUUGGGACAACAGCAGAAAUAUAUGCCUACAGAGAGGAACAGGAAUAUGGAAUUGAAACAGUCAAAGUGAAAGCAAUAGGAAGACAGAGAUUCAAGGUGCUUGAAAUAAGAACCCAGUCAGAUGGGAUCCAGCAGGCUAAAGUGCAGAUCCUUCCCGAGCGAGUGCUGCCCUCCACCAUGGCAGCAGUGCAGCUGCAGUCUCUUAGCCGGUGCCACAUGUUUCCUUCUUCAAAACCUACAACAUGGCAGGACCGGGCUGUCCAUCAGUGGUGGCAGAAAUACCAAAAGAGGAAGUUCCACUGUGCAAGUUUGACAUCUUGGCCUCCCUGGCUCUACUCUCUGUAUGAUGCUGAAACCUUGAUGGAAAGAGUCAAGAGGCAACUGCAUGAGUGGGAUGAAAAUCUUAAGGAUGAAUCUCUUCCAACAAACCCCAUAGAUUUUUCUUACAGAGUUGCUGCCUGCCUGCCCAUCGACGACGCGCUGCGCAUUCAGCUGCUGCAGAUCGGCAGCGCCGUGCAGAGGCUGCGCUGCGAGCUGGACAUCAUGAACAAGUGUACAUCUCUCUGUUGUAAGCAAUGCCAAGACACAGAAAUAACUACCAAGAAUGAAAUAUUCAGUUUAUCCUUAUGUGGACCCAUGGCAGCAUAUGUGAAUCCUCAUGGAUACAUCCAUGAAACCCUCACUGUAUAUAAAGCCUGCAACUUGAAUCUCAGUGGACGACCAUCAACAGAGCACAGCUGGUUUCCUGGGUAUGCCUGGACUGUAGCCCAGUGCAGAAUCUGUGGGAACCAUAUGGGCUGGAAGUUCACAGCUACCAAAAAGGAUAUGUCCCCUCAGAAGUUCUGGGGUUUGACACGUUCUGCUCUCCUGCCUCGGAUCCCAGAAACAGAGGAUGACUCGGGCCAUGAUAGAUCACCCUUACUCUGCCUGUAA